GGAGAUUGAGAAAAUCAAGUUUGUAGAGAAUUCAAUGCCUAUUCUCAACCAAGUUUCAGAAUUUCAGAGCAAGAAAUAUGCCAAGUUCAACAAUCCACCAUCUUCAGGGCGGUUCUUAAGCUCUGAACAUCUCCUUUCAGAUAGGCAAGUACCGGAAAUAAGAAAGAAGAAUAAAAACAAGAGGGCAUUGCUUCCUAUGAUAGCUUCUAUGUUUUCUAAUAAGAAAGGUUGCAGAUAUUAAGGGUCAAUGACAAGCUCACUAAGUGUAAGGAUCAGCUCAGAGAUUUGAAUAAUUCUUGUGUCUGAAGCAAGAAAAAAUAAUCAUCUUUAUGUUUUCAUCUUAUAAUGUGUAUCUAAGCUAAAUUUUCUGUUUUUAAGAGAAUGUAGUGUGCUUAUUUCUUCAUCUGUUGCUUUUGUAAAAUGGUGGAAGUUGACGUUAAAAUUAGUUUC